AUGCACACCGCACCUGCCUCGCACCGCCGAUUACUCUUCUGGAAGCGAUACGACGAAGAUCCUUCGUCGCCGGCGAAUGCAGCCGACCCUCCACCUCGGUCGUUCAACCUGCCACCUGCUCCAGCCGUUUCUGGAGCCGUACCAUCACUUCCCCCUACUUCUGCGGACGACGAUGAUUCUGCCACUUCCGUGCCUUCGAGCGUGCCGCAGAUCAACUAUGGGGAUGCGACACCUGCGCCUGCACCUUCGCCUUCCGACACGGGUCCAACGCAUAACGACACAGCUUCGACUCAGCCCUCGUACAGGGGCUUGAACCAGACAGAUAGGUCGGCCGGCAGCGGCGCCGCUUCUGACUUUGACGGCAGUGAUACGACGCAUAGCACGGCUGGGGUGAUUGCUGGCGUCGUGGUCUCGGCGGUUGUCCUUUUGGCUCUUGCGUGCCUUGUCCAGCGAUACAGGCGGGGCUUUUCGAGCUUCUUUUGGCGAGGUUCACGGCUGAAGGGGCAGAGGAAGCGGCAAAGGCUGGGCUCAAGCGACAAGGAACCCGCAAACUCUAUCUCAAGUCCUGAACAGAAGCCGUUUGGCGAUGGAUUCCCUUACGUGUCACCAUCCCGAGCCGGGGCAUCCCCCAUGCUUUCCCACCAAGUUGAUGAGACGACACCGUCCAGCGAGGAGAGCAGCGGCCAGGCAGCUACGAACAGCCUCCUCUCGGUACCACAUGUACCUCAACUAUCACACCAACCUUCGCUGGAUUCGAUCGCCGAGGUGCGAGAGCCUGCCUCCGGCACAUCAUCCCACUUUCGCCUCUCCCAGCCCAAACGGGACAGUCUCACGACACCAAAACGACUCACGUGGGGCGGUCGUCCACAUCAUCCCUCGCGCACCUCCUUGACCUCGUGUCCAUCCGCAUGGUCCUCACCGGACAGUCACAAGAUCACCUCCAAGCUCUCGCCCACCCGCCCGUCGAGCGCGGGAAUCGAGAUGACGCGUCAAGGUUCGCAACUCGUCAUUCGCCCCAAAGCCAGCUCGAGCUCGCUGCGGCUGAGUGCGCGCAAGCCACGUGACGACACCAUCUGCAUCGAAACCGACGGCAUUGUCGAGAUGCAGGAGCUGAGGUCCAAGUUCAGUCACAGCAGUUUGAAGACGCAGCGCGAGUCGAAUGUCACGGCAGUGUCGCCCGCAGGAAGCUUCAGUUUUGAGAUUCGGGACGCGAUACGGUUGGGCGCGCCGCUCACGUUGGGCGGAACAAUAUUGGCGCGAGCAAAUGGGGAGAAGCUACACGAGGCGAAGGAGGCGGAUAGUAGCACACAGACCAGAGUGGCCGACGACGAGCCGACUUUUGUGAGGGAUCUAGAUUGGGAUGUUAGCGAGUGCUCGUUUGCUGACCGGCCCAAUUGGACAGGUCCACGGCUGUCGAGUGUCAAGGCAGAGGACCCGACUGGCAGGAAGGACCAGGAGUAG